UGCUGGCACUGCGGCGGUGACCUGACCAAGCCUCGUCCAGUCGAGCCCAAGAUUCCGACACCGACAGAACCCCUCGCCGAAGACAUGAAGGCCGCCGAGACCAACCGCGAGAGGUUCGCCAUCAACAAGUCCUACAGUAUCGAGAAUGGCUACCCCGCCCGCCGCCGCUCGCUCGUGGACGACGCCAAGUUCGAGAGCACCAUCAAGAAGCAGCAGAAGCAGACGUGGAUUGAGGAGGCCAAGAGACUGUCGUGUGACGGAGAGCUGAGCGAGGAGGAGGUGUUCCUGGUGCAGAGCCCCUGCGAGCCGGACGUCCCCCAGCAGGUGGCUCUCGUCCUAGCGCUCGUCGACGGCAUCACCAGCCUCCCGAGGAUCAUCAAGACCAUUGAGAACUUCAAGGGCACGGUCGUCCACGUGGAGACGCGACCUGCUCCUCGCAAGGGCGUGGCCUUCGACUCCUGCUCAAAGGUGCUGAUCCUGGAGCCCCUCCUGACGCUGCUCAAGAGCCUGCGCCAGGGGGCCUCCAUUGCCUCCGUCAACCUGCUGUCGGAGCAUCACUCUUCGAUCAAAGAGCCGUGGUUCCCGAAGCACAUCAGCGAGCUGGACCUGUGCAACCACCUCAUGACCAAGUACGAGCCCGACCUGGACAUGGACCACCCGGGCUUCGCCGACCAGGACUACCGCGCCAGGAGGAAGGAGAUCGCCGACAUCGCCUUCAAGUACAAGCACGGCGAGCCCAUUCCCCGCAUCGAGUACCGGCCGGAGGAGAUCGCGACGUGGGGCGCCGUGUUCCGCGAGCUGGAGCGCCUCAUCCCGAGCCACGCCUGCCGCCAGUACCGCGAGGUGUGGGACGUCCUCAAGAGGGACUGCGGCUACGCCGCCGAUAACAUCCCGCAGCUGGAGGAUGUGUCCAGGUUCAUGAAACGCCGCACGGGCUUCUCCCUGCGCCCCGCCGCCGGCCUCCUGACGGCGAGGGACUUCCUGGCCUCGCUCGCCUUCCGCGUGUUCCAGUGCACGCAGUACAUCCGCCACCACUCGUCGCCGCACCACUCGCCCGAACCAGACGCCAUUCACGAGCUGCUAGGCCACGCCCCCCUCCUCGCGUACCCGCAGUUCGCGCAGUUCUCGCACGAGCUGGGGCUGGCCUCCCUCGGCGCCUCCGACCAGGAGAUCGAGAAGUUUGCUACCGUAUGUACUUGGUUCACGGUGGAGUUCGGUCUGUGUCGCGAGGGCGGCGAGGUGCGCGCGUGGGGCGCCGGCCUCCUCAGCAGCUUCGGCGAGCUCCAGCACGCGCUCUCCGACAAGCCCGAGCGGCGGCCGUUCGAGCCCGCCAGGACCGGUCAGCCCUACCAGGACCAGGACUACCAGGACCUCUACUUCGUGUCCGAGAGCAUCGAGGACGCGCAGGACAAGUUCAAGCGCUGGACUUCGCAGACCCUGAGCCGGCCCUACGAGGUCCGGUACGAGCCGUACAGCCAGAGCGUCCAGACCCUGGACUCGGUUCAGAGGCUGGAGGACCUGAGCGCGGCGCUGGGCACGGAGGUCUCGCGCCUGAGGAACGCCAUUCAGAAGAUGAAGUUUUGAAGCGACCGAGAAAGAGGAAGGCUCUGGAGUGACCGGAGAGAGAGAUGAAGUUUCUGAAGUUUCUAAGGAUGAAGAUGAAGUGUCUGGAGUGACUGAAGAGAGAGGAAGUUUCUGGUGACAAAAA